UGAGCGUCCACAGGAGAACGCAGUGCUGUCGGGAGUUUCGCCGUCUCUCACAAGCUUUCUUGCAGAGAACACAUAGACUUUCUUCAGUUUUGUGUGCGGGCGGUGUUAAACAGGUCUGUGAGUGGUCAUGGGUUCCAUCCCCGCACUGUCCAUUCUCCGUGGAGAGGUGUACCCUUUCAGCAGCCCUCCUUUGCUCUUGCAUCGCCUCCUGGAGCAAACAGUUGGCCUAUCUGGGCAGAAGGAGGCUUUGACUUUUCACAGCAAAACACUCAGCUUAAAGACCCUGGAUGCUGCAGCAAGUAGACUGGCCAGGGCAUUGUUGCAACAUGUUCACAGUGCACACAGACAAGCCAACCAGGACGGUGAUUUUUUAGUAGCUGUAUGCAUGGACCCCAGUGACCAGCUUGUGGUAACUUUGUUGGCUGUGUGGAAAAUUGGGGCAGCCUACCUUCCACUUGACCCCAGUUUCCCUCCUGCCAGGGUGAGUCACAUCCUGAGUGAGGCAGAGCCCAUGCUCGUCAUAGCUGAUAAGGAUGAUGAGGAACUGUUUGGCUCAUUUCGGAAUAUUGUCCAGUAUGAGCAGCUGCACCAACAAGCUGCCAACCUGUCACCAGAACCAGUGCCUGAGAGUCAGAUGCUGUCUGGUGGAAACACAUCACUUGCGCUUGUGCUUUAUACUUCCGGGAGCACAGGCAUACCUAAAGGAGUGCGGCUGCCACACCAGGUGGUGCUCAACAGACUGCAGUGGCAGUGGCGUGAAUUCCCGUAUGGCCCAGAGGAGCACACCUGUGUGUUCAAGACAGCACUCACAUUUGUGGACUCAGUGGCAGAACUGUGGGGGCCCCUAUUACAGGGACGCAAAGUCCUUGUGGUGCCCCGUGAUGUAACUAAGGAUCCCGAGCGACUUCUGCAUGUCCUUGAGGAACAAAAGGUGCAACGACUAGUGCUUGUACCGUCGCUCCUGCGCUCACUGCUGCUAGUUCUGAGAUUUGAAACCCCCGACAAGGGACUCCUGUCUCAUCUCAAGACAUGGGUUUGCAGUGGGGAGCCACUUCCCACCCAGCUUGCCCAUGACUUCUUUGCCCACUUUAACUCAGGUGACCACGUGCUCUGUAACUUCUAUGGUAGCACAGAGGUGAUGGGUGAUGUCACGUACCAUGUGGUGCGAUCUGCAGCCGAGAUCAAGGACAAUGACAAGGUGCCCAUAGGUCGCCCUCUUCACAACACUGCCAUCUACCUGCUGGACGAGAAUCAACAUCCUGUGGUGUCAGGUGAAGUGGGUGAACUAUACGUGUCUGGCCUGAACCUAACUCAAGGCUAUGUGAGGGGCCGGGACCCUGAGCGCUUUGUGCCUAAUCCACUAACUGUGGAUCCUGAACACUCACGUCUGUACCGCACAGGCGAUUUUGCACGUCUUGUGAAGGGUUCACUCAUGUAUGAGGGGCGCACAGACUCUCAGGUGAAGGUCAGGGGACAUCGGGUCGAUUUGUCGGAGGUGGAGCAAGCUGUGGCAGCAGUGCCAGGUGUUGAAAAGAGUGUCGUGUUGUGCUACAAGCCAGGAGAGAUUGAGCAGGUGCUGCUGGCAUAUGUGACAACACACCCCAGUGCCUGCUUGACGUCACAACAGGUGGAGACUGCACUGCACAAUAGCCUCACGACCUACAUGCAGCCACAGGUGUUUGUGAUCGACAGCAUCCCACUCCUCGUGAAUGGUAAGACAGACCGACAGGCACUCUUGCGGACAUAUGAAGAACAAAACACUGGCAGUGGUGGACUCAGAACUGACAGCCUAGAGCUAGACUACACAGGGAUAGCAGACAACCAGCUGGCCAAAGCACAUACUCUCUUUGAGACGGUGGCAUCUGUUCUGGGAGGCAGUAUACGUUCUAAGGUGUGCCAGAGGGCAAACUUCUAUGAGUUGGGUGGUAACUCACUCAACUCUGUGUUAACAGUCACUAAGCUGAGGCAGCAGGGAUAUGUAAUAGGUAUUACUGACUUCAUCUCAUCUAAAGACCUGCAAGAUGUGAUGGACCGAAUGCACAGUACAGAUGAUGACAAAGACACUACAGCAGCUACUGAUAAGCAAGAGAACACCAGGUACACUGCCCACAUGUUGCAAGAUGAGCACAAGGAUGCUGCAAACCACAUGAUCACGGAGAGCUUCUAUGAGAAAGCAGACUUGGAGCAAUGGUUAAAGCCAGAUGUUCAUCGCAGAGACUACAAGGAUCUCACUGAUAAGAUCUGGGAGCCACUCAUACAGAAGAACCUCAGUUUCCUUGUCAAGGAUGCGCUUGGAGAGCCAGUGGGAGUUGCCCUCAACUUCGACGCACAUGAUGAACCCACAGUGGACAUAGCUAGCAAGCUGGCAAUAGUGUUCGACUUCCUUGAGUUCCUGGAGGGCCCAAUCAGGGAAAAGCAGCUGCCACAGGGGCGGGGCAAAGUGUUACACAGUUUCAUGAUGGCAACUGACCCGUCGCUCAGCCACCAGCAGAAUGUUGAGGUAAUGCAGUUCAUGGAGGCUGAGGUGCUCAGUAUGGCGCAAAGCAAAGGUUUUGCAGGCAUCUUCACCACUAACACCAACCCUCUGACACAGCAACUUGGAACUGAUGUGUAUGACUAUAAAGUGCUCAGCGACUAUCAAGUGAACCUGUACAUUGCUCCAGAUGGCUCCAAGCCAUUCCAAGAAGCACCAGACAGCCAGAGAGCCAUCUGCUCGUGGAGACAAAUAUGAGGAGAACAACUUCUGGGCAGAAACACAUGUUUCAUUGUGGAGGAGACAUCACUAAACUAUUCAGCAGUCACAAGUGUGCUGCCUGUUCUAGUCCAUUACCUAUCAGGCAAGGUGCUGAUACAACUCAUUGAACUUGGUUCAGACUGAAUGCCACCUACAUAUUGGAUAUGUACAGACUGCAGUGUCAUUAAUACACACAUCUUGGACUGCUGUAAUAAACAUAUACAUACAUGUACCCAUAUAAGACACUAUUUAUUUAUCAUUAUGGACUGCACAAAAUGGCCAAUAGUCAAUUUAGUUGUGUCCACACAAGAUUUCUAUACAUAAUUCUGAUUCUGCAUAUGUAUGUUUCCUAUUGUCAGCCUACGUUUACCAUCAGAUGUAGCAUACUAUGGUGCUUGGCAACACAGGUAAUGCUAAUAAUGUUGGAAAGUUGCAGAGUUCAAACUGUUUCAAACAAUAGCGGCAUAUAGCAAUGUGACAGAUGUGCCUCAAAAUAUAAUUUAUUUUGUGGUUUAUUUUUCAACAGUAUAUCAGAUGAUACUGUGCAAUACACACGCUCAUUGGUCGAUAACAAAUUGGAAAUGAUCUGUAAGGAAAUGGUCAUGGACUACUUUGAGGGGGCAGAGGAAAACCACAGAAAACAUCAGUCAGCAUAGCUGGUGUCCUGGCCAAGAUUUGAUCAGCAUACUUCCCAAAUGCAAGUCAAAAAUUGGCUCAACACCUUCUUGAGAAGCUGCCACUCAUGAAUUUUGCAGCACUUUAUGGAGCCAAGGUCAUUCCAGUCCAAACAGCUCCAUUCUAUUUCCCUAAGAUUCCAUUUUACUAUUAUUUUGCUAUAUCCAUCUAGUUGUUUCUAGUGAUCGCUUUCCUUCUGGCUUUGCCACAAAAAUCAUAUAUGUGUUCCUCUUCUCCCCUCAUGCAUGCUAAACUCCUAACCCAUCUCACCCUACUUGAUUUAACAAUUUUAAUUAUAUAAGCACAAGUUAUGAAGCUCCUCAUUAUGCAGUUUUCUCCAUGUCUGAAUCUGUCAGGACACAGAUUAUCCCAAUGUUUUCAAAGUUUCCUUCAGUCCCUCAAUGCGAACUCCAGGUGGUCUUGAAAUGCUCAUAUAGUCCACAGUCAUUUCCUUCCACAUACUUUCCAAUUAAUGAAUUCAUUUAAUCAUCCCAUUGACGUGUUGCUGGCAACAUCAUAAAAUAAGCAAUAAAUACAUAUUGGCACAUUCUCAGAAUAAAAAGACAAGUGUACUCGUGAUGUUGGUGAGAAAUUCGGCGGCUAGGACAGCAUACUAAGACUGUCCAACUAUUAAAGAAGCAUGAUGGAGAAUUCUGAUGUAUCAACUCAA